GCCUUGUGUGCGUGCAAAUUUAACAGUGGUUAUGGCUAGUAUAAAAAUACUAAUGUUAUAUUUCGACACCCAUCGUUAGCCGUCUUGUCACAAGUCACUCAACAUUCCCGCGUGCCUUAGAGUAACAUAUAUGCCUCUCCGAGACCACAUCGGUACGCGUAAUCAAAGACGUCAUCGUAUUGUGGAUACAACUUCUAUCGACGUAGCGCGCUAAUUUGACAAGAAAAGGUGGCUAUAACUGGUUGAGUACACGUGCAGGAGAAAGCUGCGAAGCGCUUCGUGAGCGAGAGAGAUGUACGAACCUUCGUUUUCAAAAGCUGGGAUACCUUGACGCACGGCGGAGCCAUGAGCACCAGAGGCAGCUGUGAGGAAAAUAGCUAUGCCAGGAAGGCCAACGGCAUGGGAGGGUGCCCGAAAGGCGACCAUUUGCUGAGCGACACGUCAGUAUCGGGACCUGAUGGAAGACUGAGCUGGGUUAUUGCAAUCACGUGCUUUGUGAUUAACUUUAUAGCAGCCUUUUUUUUACCGUUGCCCCGGAUUGUUCUUCAACUCCGUGAUGGACACCUUCGACGCUACCCGAGGCGAUGCAUCCGUUCCCAUUUCUUUGUACGGAGGAUUCUACAAUAUGGCUGGCCUCGUUGCGGGUGCUCUCAUCGGAAGCUUUGGAGUCCGCACAACACUCAUCUUAAGCGGAGCUAUGAUGGCAAUCGGAUUCGGUGUGUCACUCUUCGCGACUUCCACGCUUUUUCUCGUCUUCACUGUUGGAGUGCUGGCUGGUGCAGGCCACGGCAUGGUCUUCAGCUGCUGCAUCGUGGCCGUUAGCGCUUACUUUGACAAGCGCCGCGGAAUCGCUCUGGGCCUGAACAUGGCCGGUACACCAAUGGCGUCCCUCUUGGUGCCCAAGCUGCUCGAGUGGCUGCUGGGAGAGUACGGACUGCGCGGCACGUUCCUUAUACUGGGUGCCUGCAUGGCGAACAUAUGUGUCUUAGGCAUACUGCUGCGUAACCCUCCGUGGGAGAAGAGCAUUUCUCAAGUUGCUGUCGUUCAAGCAGAAAGUGGCUACACUGAGGCUGUGAAUGGUGGCACUCAGCCCAUCUCUUUGAUGGCCAAUGGAGACAACGAUAACCCUCUCCAUCGAUCCAACGUGAGAGCAAGCCCUAGCUCAGGGCACGGGAGGCGGUGGUCAACCGUGACGAACAUCACGAACCACAACGGAAUUAACCGGGAUGCAAUAGCCAUCCCGAGUCGAGUUCGAGAUACCGGGGUCGCUUGGAAAGGAACUACGUCCAGCGUCAACACCGAUCGCCGGUUGUCCACCAGAGCACUGCCAUCGGUGCCCGAGCAACGACCUUCCAUUGUAUCCAAGCAGAGUACGAUCACUGGAAGCGUUAUGGCGUCGAGUCGACGUUCCUCUUCUAUUGCACCAAGAUUUUCGGCAAGACGCGAUGCAAUGGAGAGAAGAGGAACUAUGAUGAGUGUGGCAGGCUCAAUGAUUGCAUUCAAAAGAUCAUCGCUGAACGAUGGGGGCACGUUCUCGCGCAGAGGAACAACAAUAAGUGUGGUCGGUUGGUCUAUUCCCGAAAGAAACGAGAUGACAAGUGCGAAGCCGACGACGAUGACCACCGAAGCACCAUCCUCGGCACUGAGCAGCCUGAAAGAAGUGCUCUGCUCGCCGCGGAUGUACUUCCACACCUUUAGCUUCUUCACAUGUGCCUUCUUUGUGGACUCGUUUCUCACCGUCAUGUUUGAUCUUGGCGAAGAUAUCGGGGUGCCUGCCAGUGAAUCUGUGCUCGCCCUGACUAUCUUGUCAGCUAUGGACACUGUCGGAAGGCUCUUUGUACCUUUCUUGACCGAUUACGGAGUCACGUCGGCCGCGUGCUUGCUCACUCUGAGCUACGCUAUGCUUGCAGUCAUUUCGGCGCUUAUGUCAUGCAUCUCAGGAAGGCUAAUGUUCUUAGCUUUAUCUGCCCUUUUGGGACUCCCUGGUGGCUACAUCAUCGUUGGAACGUCGGAAACUCUUUCCAAGGAACUAGGGACUAAACACCUUCCGAUGGCGUACGGCGUCCUGGCAUUCAUAGCUGCAUUGGGAGGCUUCGCUCGGCCGCCCGUUGUGGGUGUUUUCCGCGAUGGACUGGGCUCUUACGACGGCCUUUUCCAACUCAUGGCCGGGAUAUUGCUGACCUCGUCCCUAUUCAACGUGGGACUCUGGAUCACUGGUCGCUCUUCCACCUGGAAUGGAAAAACAAAUGAAGCUGUUCAACAAAGCACCUUGAUGACCAUCUCGGAACCCCAGCCUGCGGUGAUAAACGAGGACCAAUGCACAUCCUUGUAGGAGCUUACGCUCAAAUGUGGAGAUGCUCGGCAUGCUUUGAGUGAGCGAGCAACCUAAUCUGCGGUAUCGCUGCAAAGAUGGACGUUUUACGCCUAUCUACUGAUCAAUACGCACAUUGCAGGGCUGACAAGUUGAUUCUUUAGCACGGUGUUAACACUCUGCUAAAGCGCCUAGCAUCGCGAUAGUGUGAACCUAAUUAUGACUAUCUUUGCUAGAAAACCACAUCAUCUAAACAAGAGUAUACUGCCUAUCCGAGAGACCAAGCAAGACUAUGUCCUGGUUUCUCAGAAGGGAGUUAUAUUUACCUAUUCCCCACAUUCUUCUGCUGGCUUCUUUGUUUCAGCUUACAAUCAUAUUCAGAACUACUUAAACCAUAUGUAGCGCACACUUAAGCUCUUGUUUUGUGAACACUGACAGUUGUGUUUUAUCGUCAACUGCCACAAGUUGAUACAUAAACACACAAGGAAGAGAGUUCAGACAAUUGUUUAAGUACCGAAAAUUGUGGUCCACCAGCUUUGCUCUCGUUGAAACACACCUAGAAAUAGGCGCAGUGUGAUUUCUUGGAAAGGUGUUUUUUUUUUCCUGGCAUGUGCUUUUUUUGUCAACGCCGGCUUGCAGAGUUUCCAUCUCCGGAGGGGAGGCAGGUUGUGUGUGCUGUUUUCGGUGGUGUGAUUGGAGUAACGCCGAGUUCCAUAGGAAAACAUCGACGGAAGAAUUUUUUUUCUCCAGAUUGUAAGAUUGCUUAUAACAGAAGAAAACUGCUGCCGUCUGACUACACUGAAUGACUGGGGUAGUAGUUUGUACCCUUCGCAAGAUUUCUAGUACAGGGCUCGACAGUAUCGUGAUGCAGUAGCAUCUCACAGAUACUUUUGAGUUCCUGUAUCGAGAUACAUUUGCAAAAUGUAUAUAAUGCAGUAGUGAAAUACUUUUUCUUUAUAAAGAAUGUAUCUGAAUACUGCGGUGGCAUAGUUAUCUCAGCACUCUUCUGUCAGAACUGAGCCGAUGUGUAUAUAUUAUCGAAAUAAAAGCUUGAAUGCGCUUGGCUAGUCAAAAGCGGCCCGUCAGUCCGCGACACUUGGAGAUCAGCGAAGAUCUCUCACACGCACAGAAUGUCCUAUGUCGUUAAGUGUUUUACGCAACUGAAGACAGAAUCUAGGAGGCAGUGCUGACGAUCUUGGAUCUCGCUCAAGGCCAGAGAAGCACGAUCAAUUUCCUUUUCGGGACAACUUCGGUUUUAGUAGUUAUGACACGAAGUUGUGUUCACCUACAAUAUUAGACAGAAUUUUUAUAUCGCCCGUCUUGAAUUGAAACUGAACCGAUGCUCUGUCAACUCGCAGUACAUUUUAGAAGCUGCUGUUACUUUGGUUUAAUUAGUGUAAACCUUGUUAGCAAAACAGAUCAAUCAUGUGUGUGAAAUUAGGGCAUACUUUACCUCUCAUCUGUGUUGUUUGUUUGUGAGUCGAGCGAUAUGGCUGAUUUGCAUUUGAAUUAUCUCCAGUACAUUAUUUGACAAUUUUACGAUUCACUUAAUCAAUUUACAAGUGCAUGCGGAACAUUAGCACCAGUGUAACCGAAAAAUGUUUUAGUUUCUGUAUUUCUGUAUAUGUUAAUCCCUGUAAUUGUAUUCUGAGAUAAUUCUUCAGAUUUUUCGCCAUGUUAUCUUCGUAAUAUCUCGUUAUGCCUUCCAUAGAUAAUUCUCAGUACUUGUACUUUUAGGCUUGCUGCACGUAUAUUUCGAUAUUUGUACAUUUAGAAACUUUUAUGGGUGUCUCUGCCCUAGCACCGAUUUAUGCGCACAGACGCGCUCCAUUGUCUCGUAGUUACGCAGGAACAGCAUUCUUACAUUGUAGCUGUCGUUAAGAAAAACUUGCUUUGCUACAAUGGUAUUCUAUGCGACACUCGCAAGGAAGAAACAAAACUAAAUUGAUUACAUCUGUGUCUUCAAACAUUUGCGCUUGGACAGAGAACAAAAAAAAAACCCUCAGUCGAACGACCUAGAAGCCUGGGUUUGUGUUCACACAUACAGUUUUAAAAACAGUAGAGUGACAUAGUAAACAUAACGAGUGGUCAAUGGCUUCCUGUCGCGACCCAAAGCUGCUGGAUUCCUGCCAUCUGUUAGGUGGCGCACAUGAAAAACUGAACGUGUACCGAUCGAUCACCACGUGGCUAUAAAAUAACUGACUUUAUUAAAGUAAUAUUUUGAAAUAA